UCGCUUGAAUGUUCAGCUGUCAGUAAACAAUCUGUGUUGGCUGUUGGCAGUCUGGCGGUGAGUGUUGCGGCUAGGGAACAUGGCCAGUCCCAGGACGAGGCGAGCCUUGGCGGAAAUCAAACCGAGAGAUGAGAAUAGCCAAUGUUUUGAGUGUGGAACCCAUAAUCCCCAGUGGGCAUCAGUUACCUAUGGCAUUUGGAUAUGCCUGGAGUGUUCAGGGAAGCACCGUGGCCUUGGGGUUCACCUCUCCUUUGUGCGCUCCAUCACCAUGGAUAAGUGGAAAGAUAAUGAGCUGGAGAAAAUGAAAAUUGGAGGGAACAGGAGAGCCAAAGAGUUUCUGAAGAGCCAAUCUGACUAUGACCACUAUGCUCCCCUACAACAGAAGUAUAACACGAAGGCAGCUGCUUUGUACAGAGAUAAGAUCUCAGCAAUGGCGCAAGGCAAACCGUGGAGUAUAGAAAGUGCAUCAGCUGCUGCCCGCAACAUACCAAGCAUCCCCAAGUCUACCUCAACGCCUGCUUUUAAGUCCUCUGGGCAGAACAUGUAUGCUUCCAGUGGAGGGGGAGGGUACCAGGAUAUGCAGUUUGGAGGGUACCAGAGUGGUGGUGGCUAUCAGGACCCCAGCAUCAAGAGCCAGACUGAGGCUUUCUUUAGCAGGAUUCAGGAAGAAAAUGCUUCCCGUCCAGAUGGUUUGCCACCAUCCCAAGGUGGUCGCUACUCAGGCUUUGGCAACUGUCCCAACCCUCCCCCAAAGAGUUCUUCCACUGAGUUCUUUGACACUGCUGUGUCUUCUCUCUCCUCGGGAUGGUCAUUGCUGUCACUAGGAGCCAGUAAAGUAGCAGGGAAGGCUGUGGAAUACUCCGCCAUUGCCAGUGAAAAAGCCACUGAGUACGGCCAGAACAUCUCAGAAAAGAUCCGUGAAGGGAAACUGAUGGAGGAAAUCUCAUCCCAGGCUACUGUCAUUGGAUCAAGGUCACUGGAUGGAAUUUCUAACACUAUCUCUGCUCUGGCUGGAGUGGAGAUUGGGGGAGAGGAACAGCAGAUGGAGGUGAGUGAGGUGUCCCGUCGAGGAUGGAAUGAAGCUUCCCGAGCCUGGGGCAGUGGUGGUACAGGGAUGGGAAGCCUCACAGGGAGUUCUGGAGGACCUCAUGAGCGCUCAUCUCUCUUGCUGGGCCCUGGUGAUGGUUACCAACGACUAGACAACAACAGUGGAACCAGUGUGAACACUUCUGACCCAGACAGCAGCGGUGGUGAUGGCCAUGGUGGUGAUGAAAAAGCAGAGGGUGAAAGUUGCAGUGUGGAGGCAAAUGAUGGCUGGGGUGAUGACACAUGGACCAGCGACUGGGGUAACAACAGCCAACCAAACUCACCAGGACAGACCAAACUGAGCUCAACAGAGACCUCUCCUAAUUCUCGAGUUUCCAAGAAGAAUGCCAGCAAUGCUACAAAGAAGAACAGGAGCUCAACUAAAAAGGAAGGGAAGGCUGAACAAGAGUUGUUGGUAGAUGUGGGGAGUGGUGGCAGUGGCAGUGGCAAGGGUCACACCUGGGACAACUGGGAUGAUGACUGGGAGAAAGUUGAUGCCCAGUGACCUUCCAGUUAACACAUGCCAAGUGCAGUUGAGGAUGUUGAAUGAAGCAAGAACAUUUUAAAGUAGAUUCUAAAGUGAUGAAUGAGUUUCUUGAACUUUUUACUAGACACAGUCUUUUGAAUGAAUUCCAAAUUCAUUUAGAAUAUAUAUUAUUUUUUUAUAUUCAUGGAGAGGAAGAAUCUAGUAUUAAUGGUAUUUAGAUGAAAGGAUGAAACAUUAAUAAUAGCUGAUUUCAUACAGUGAAAUCUUUCAGCAGUACAGAGUUAUUUUGAUCAUUAUCAGAUAAUUGGAUGUAGCAAAUCUGCAUUGAAUACAGUGACACAGUUUUAUGACUAAUCAUGAUCAAAAGACUGUUGUAGUGUUUGUGUGCUCCUGUGAUGAGGGCAGCCUAGCAGAGCGAGCAGCAGUGUGUGGAUGUCCCAGAAGAAGAAUGUAUAUUGCACAUAGUAAUAUUUUUGUUAUUAAGACAUUGUUUGUAGAUUUUUUAAACGAAUCAUAAAAUUUAUGGGUAUGGUGCAAUUUCAUAUAAUAAGUUGUAGCUUAAAAAAACAUAUUAAUAUAUAUAUAUAAAAAGUUAUUGAAAAAUAUGUUGUAUAUCCUCUUUAUGAUUAUAAAUGAGCCAGCAAAUAUAAGUUACGACCAGUAGUAUUUUAA